GCCCCUCCCGCCGGCCCGCCAGCGCGCCUCACGGCUCCUGUCUCCCCUCCCUCCUUCUCUCUCUCACGCCUAGCGCAAUGGCGGCCGCCGCGGCGGAGCAGCAACAGUUCUACCUGCUUCUGGGAAACCUGCUCAGCCCCGACAAUGUGGUCCGGAAACAGGCAGAGGAAACCUAUGAGAAUAUCCCAGGCCAGUCGAAGAUCACAUUCCUUUUACAAGCCAUCAGAAAUACAACAGCUGCUGAGGAGGCUAGACAAAUGGCUGCCGUUCUCCUAAGACGUCUUUUGUCCUCUGCAUUUGAUGAAGUCUAUCCAACUCUUCCCACUGAUGUUCAGACUGCCAUCAAGAGUGAGCUACUAAUGAUUAUUCAAAUGGAAACACAGUCUAGCAUGAGGAAAAAAAUUUGUGAUAUUGCUGCAGAGCUGGCCAGGAAUUUGAUAGAUGAGGAUGGCAACAACCAGUGGCCUGAAGGUCUGAAGUUCCUCUUUGAUUCCGUCAGCUCUCAAAACGUGGGACUGCGGGAAGCUGCCCUCCAUAUUUUCUGGAACUUUCCUGGAAUUUUUGGAAAUCAACAGCAGCACUAUUUAGACGUCAUCAAACGGAUGUUAGUUCAGUGUAUGCAAGAUCAGGAACAUCCAUCGAUCAGGACAUUAUCUGCUAGAGCUACCGCUGCAUUUAUACUUGCAAACGAACAUAAUGUUGCCCUCUUCAAACAUUUUGCAGACUUGUUACCUGGAUUCUUACAGGCUGUAAAUGACUCAUGCUACCAGAAUGAUGAUUCGGUCCUAAAAUCCCUUGUUGAGAUUGCAGACACUGUUCCAAAGUAUUUACGUCCUCAUUUGGAAGCAACUUUACAGCUAAGUCUGAAGUUGUGUGGCGACACCAGCCUCAAUAAUAUGCAACGCCAGCUUGCCCUUGAAGUAAUUGUGACCCUCUCUGAGACUGCAGCUGCUAUGUUAAGAAAACAUACCAAUAUUGUUGCACAGACUAUUCCUCAGAUGUUAGCCAUGAUGGUUGACCUUGAAGAGGAUGAGGACUGGGCAAAUGCGGAUGAACUAGAAGAUGAUGAUUUUGACAGCAAUGCGGUUGCUGGUGAGAGUGCUUUAGACCGAAUGGCUUGUGGACUUGGUGGAAAGCUUGUCCUGCCGAUGAUCAAGGAACAUAUUAUGCAGAUGCUUCAGAAUCCUGACUGGAAGUAUCGGCAUGCAGGAUUAAUGGCCUUAUCUGCCAUUGGGGAAGGAUGCCACCAGCAAAUGGAAGGAAUUCUAAAUGAGAUAGUAAACUUUGUUUUGCUUUUUCUUCAAGAUCCUCAUCCCAGAGUGAGGUAUGCAGCCUGUAAUGCCGUGGGACAGAUGGCUACAGAUUUUGCACCUGGUUUCCAAAAGAAAUUCCAUGAGAAGGUGAUUGCAGCUCUGCUGCAGACCAUGGAAGACCAGGGCAAUCAGCGUGUGCAGGCCCAUGCCGCUGCCGCUCUCAUUAACUUCACCGAAGACUGUCCCAAGUCACUGCUUAUUCCAUAUUUAGAUAAUUUGGUGAAACAUCUGCAUUCCAUCAUGGUCCUUAAACUUCAAGAGUUGAUUCAGAAAGGCACCAAGUUAGUUUUGGAACAAGUUGUGACGUCUAUCGCAUCAGUUGCAGAUACUGCAGAAGAAAAAUUUGUCCCUUACUAUGACUUAUUUAUGCCAUCACUGAAGCACAUUGUUGAGAAUGCAGUUCAAAAGGAACUCAGACUUCUCAGAGGAAAAACUAUUGAAUGCAUCAGCCUCAUUGGUCUGGCUGUUGGGAAGGAAAAAUUCAUGCAAGAUGCAUCAGAUGUGAUGCAGCUAUUAUUGAAGACGCAGACAGACUUCAAUGAUAUGGAAGAUGAUGACCCUCAGAUCUCUUACAUGAUCUCAGCAUGGGCCAGAAUGUGCAAAAUCCUUGGAAAAGAAUUUCAGCAGUACCUUCCAGUGGUUAUGGGACCUUUAAUGAAGACAGCUUCAAUUAAGCCUGAAGUAGCCCUUUUAGAUACCCAAGACAUGGAGAACAUGAGUGAUGAUGAUGGUUGGGAAUUUGUGAACCUUGGAGAUCAGCAAAGUUUUGGUAUUAAAACUGCAGGACUGGAAGAAAAGUCAACUGCUUGUCAGAUGCUGGUUUGCUAUGCUAAGGAAUUAAAAGAAGGCUUUGUGGAGUACACGGAACAGGUUGUGAAACUCAUGGUGCCUCUACUGAAAUUUUAUUUCCAUGAUGGUGUUCGAGUGGCAGCAGCAGAAUCCAUGCCUCUUCUCCUGGAAUGUGCGAGAGUCCGUGGUCCUGAGUACCUCACACAGAUGUGGCAUUUUAUGUGUGAUGCUCUAAUCAAGGCCAUUGGCACAGAACCAGAUUCAGACGUCCUCUCAGAAAUAAUGCACUCUUUUGCAAAGUGCAUUGAAGUCAUGGGAGAUGGAUGCCUUAAUAAUGAACACUUUGAAGAGUUGGGAGGUAUAUUGAAAGCUAAACUUGAAGAACAUUUUAAAAAUCAAGAAUUGCGGCAAGUUAAAAGACAAGAUGAAGACUAUGAUGAACAGGUGGAAGAAUCACUACAAGAUGAGGAUGAUAAUGAUGUUUAUAUUCUGACCAAAGUGUCAGACAUUUUACACUCAAUAUUCAGUAGCUACAAGGAAAAAGUGUUACCAUGGUUUGAACAGCUGCUUCCGUUAAUUGUCAACCUAAUUUGUCUGCAUAGACCGUGGCCAGAUAGACAGUGGGGCUUGUGCAUCUUUGAUGAUGUCAUAGAACACUGUAGUCCAGCCUCAUUUAAAUAUGCAGAAUAUUUCAUAAGGCCAAUGCUCCAGUACACCUGUGACGGCAGCCCAGAAGUCAGGCAAGCAGCUGCGUAUGGCCUGGGGGUCAUGGCACAGUACGGCGGAGACAACUAUCGUCCUUUUUGUACAGAAGCACUCCCACUACUGGUAAGAGUUAUUCAGUCUGCUGAUUCUAAGACCAAAGAAAAUAUCAAUGCUACAGAGAACUGCAUCUCGGCAGUAGGGAAAAUUAUGAAGUUCAAGCCUGAUUGUGUGAACGUUGAAGAAGUCCUCCCACAUUGGCUGUCUUGGCUUCCAUUACAUGAGGAUAAAGAAGAAGCUGUUCAGACUUUCAGUUAUCUUUGCGACCUGAUUGAAAGUAAUCACCCAAUCGUUCUUGGCCCUAACAAUACCAAUCUGCCCAAAAUAUUCAGUAUAAUUGCAGAAGGAGAAAUGCAUGAGGCAAUUAAACAUGAAGAUCCCUGUGCCAAACGUCUGGCUAAUGUAGUUCGCCAAGUACAGACUUCUGGAGGACUGUGGACUGAAUGCAUAGCGCAGCUCAGUCCCGAGCAGCAGGCAGCCAUACAGGAGCUCCUGAACUCUGCCUGAAGGGCCUUAAUUAUCACCACCAGAAAACUAACUCCAAAUAAACGUUUACCCUUUUGUUUA